UUUAUUCCUGAUUCGUUCUUUUUCAUUUUCACGCGUUUGGUUGGUGCUGAAUUUCGGUCGGCAAAAAUUUUAGAUUCGUGCUUGCAAAACUAAUGGUGGAACAAAUAGAUAGAAAAUAACUCCUUUCCUCGUGUUUUCCGAGUACUAGCGGCUGGAUCGUAGUGACGCCAAUAGGAUUACCUAAGUUCUCAAGCGCGAUCUAUCACAAAUCGGAAGCGGACUUGUGUCCGCUUGAGACAGCUCAGGGCCAAACGUUCGGCAGUAUUCAGCAGCAGCUAAAGCAGCAUCGCCUUUUUGUUGGUAUCGAAAAACGUGUUUUUUGUGCCAGAAUAUCGGGAAACGGGAUCCGAUCAAUUCGAAUAGCUCCAAAAAGGAUCAAAAUGGCUAGCACCGAUGUCAACAUGGAACCGGUGGAGAACAGUAAACCUAGUUCAUCCACAUCCCCGUCGUCUUCCCGAACGCCAAAUAAAGCUGCCACUACACCAAACGGGAAUAGUGAUGGCAUGACGGCCGAGGAGCUCGCCACCAACGCCGAAGAUAUGACAUCGCGUGAUUAUUACUUCGAUUCUUACGCACACUUUGGCAUUCACGAGGAGAUGCUGAAGGACGAAGUUCGUACGCUCACCUAUCGCAACGCCAUGUACCACAACAAGCAUUUGUUCAAGGGCCGAACGGUGCUGGACAUAGGCUGCGGAACCGGUAUUUUGUCUAUGUUUGCAGCAAAAGCGGGAGCCACCAAAGUUAUUGCUGUAGAGUGUUCCAACAUUAUCGACUACGCGCAGAAGAUUGUAGAGGCCAACCAUUUGGACGACGUGAUCACUCUGGUCAAAGGAAAGGUGGAAGAAAUUGAACUGCCCGAUGGCAUUCAAAGUGUCGAUAUCAUCAUUUCCGAGUGGAUGGGAUAUUGCUUAUUUUAUGAAUCGAUGCUGGACACGGUAAUAUACGCUCGGGAUAAGUGGCUCAAGCCAAAUGGUAUGAUGUUUCCGGACAGAUGCACGCUAUUCGUUUCGGCUAUUGAAGAUCGGCAGUACAAGGACGAGAAAAUCAACUGGUGGGAUAAUGUGUACGGUUUCAACAUGAGCUCCAUCAGAAAAGUGGCUAUCAGUGAGCCAUUGGUUGAUGUUGUUGAUCCGAAACAAAUCGUUACCAGUUCUUAUCUGGUGAAAGAAAUAGAUCUUUAUGUCGUCCAGAAGAAAGAUCUUGAUUUCGAAUGUCCGUUCCAUUUGAUUGUUAAGCGCAACGAUUUCGUUCAGGCGCUUAUCACCUAUUUCAACGUAGAGUUUACCAAGUGUCACCAGAAGUUGGGAUUCAGUACCUCGCCAGAAGCGCCAUACACACACUGGAAACAAACAGUGUUUUACUUUGACGAAUAUUUAACGGUAAAGAAAAACGAAGAAAUUUACGGAAUGUUUACCAUGAAACCAAACGCCCGGAACAACAGAGAUUUAGAUUUUACCAUCGAUCUACAUUUCAAGGGCGAACUAUCACAAGUGAACGAAAAGAAUCACUAUCGAAUGCGCUAAAAAUCUUCAACAACACGCAUUAAGAAACGUUUUAUAUCAUCCGGCAUAAAAAAAAACCCACCCAUUUCACAGGAAGUAUCCACAUAACCUUAUUAUACAUUGUAGUUGACUUUUCUCAAAUGUAAAGGGACGAAUUUUUAACAAUUGAAAAACUUUUCUUCACAUAUUCAAGUAAUAUAAUUCGGACAACCAACCAUAACUAUGUAAUACAGAGAAAAAUUCUCCAACAAAAAUUUGAGUUCAUCAAAACGGAACGCCGCAUCAUGUAUGACUCAGCGAUAGUUGCACUACGGAACAGGACCAGUGUGUAUCCAUUUCUUAUUUUCCUCGUCAUUUCUAUUUAAUUAUUUCAAAAUAAUAAACAAAGUCCUUACACCAUAUGAAAACUGGCUAAAACAUGAUUCCUUAUUGAAAGACUACAGUAAAAUGAAACAAAUAAAAUUAACCCACACGCAAAGCGUUGAUGUCCUGCUUCACAGAUCAUGAUUGAAAUGAAGGUUUAACGUUAUCCAAAGCAUUAUUUGACCGGGGUUGAAAAAAUAUACCAAGUUGCAAAAGAAACCUAUAACAACAAAGCCCAUUGCUUUGCAACUACAUUCAAAUACGUGUCUGACUCAGAAACGCAGCAAGCUCUCAGAAAUCAUCUAUCGACUAUCGAACGAGGGCCAUGCGCCAUGUGCGAGGUUUAGAGUUUCCCGUAAAAAAAUACGAGCCAUGGAAAUGAAACGGAAAUAAAGCGAAAUAUCACUUUAUUGAAAAAAACAUAUGUAAUCCUACAACAACAAAAGGACAA